GCAGGCCCCAUUGGGCUUCCUGGACAAAUUGGGCCUACUGGGCAAAAGGGUGACAUGGGAAGUCCUGGAGCUCCAGGAUUACCCGGACCUCCAGGAAAGCCAGGUCCACCAGGAAAGUUUUUGGGUUUAGAGGAAGGCAGUGCUGACUUCCAGUGUCCAACCAACUGUCCACCUGGGCCGAAAGGUCCUCAGGGCCUACAGGGAGUGAAGGGACAUAAAGGUCGCGCUGGGGUAUUAGGAGAUCCAGGAAGCAUCGGAAAAGUGGGUGUAAAGGGUGAAGUGGGUAUCUCCGGUGAACAAGGAAUACCAGGCCCUCCAGGUCCACAGGGUCUGAGAGGGUAUCCAGGAAUGGUGGGGCCCAAAGGCGAGACGGGACCACGUGGUUAUAAAGGAAUUUUAGGACCAAUCGGAAUCCCUGGACGCCCUGGUGAAGAGGGACCCCAAGGACCACCUGGAGAGCCUGGUGACAAAGGCGACUUGGGAGAGCGUGGAGUAAGAGGGCCUCAGGGAGUGGUCGGAAAGAAGGGAGAGAACGGUCUUCCAGGAAUUGAUGGAAAAGAUGGUAAUCCUGGCAUCCCAGGAAUAAAGGGGGCCACAGGACAAAAUGGAAGACCUGGAGCCCCUGGUCUUCAGGGAGAUGCUGGUUUGCCUGGUAUGCCUGGAGCCAAGGGUGAAAUUGGAGUUAAGGGUGAGACAGGACCCAGAGGCUUGAUGGGAAUGCAAGGUCUUCCAGGACCUCAAGGAGAGCCCGGUCCUCCAGGUGAAGCUGGCAUGGAGGGAGUCCCAGGACCAAAGGGUGAUAGGGGCGAAAGAGGACCAGUUGGGCCUCCUGGUAUUGUUGGCUCACGUGGCAGUAAGGGGGAAAGGGGACCUAUGGGUGUCCCAGGUGCUCAGGGUCUAACUGGAACUAAGGGUGACAAGGGAUUCCAGGGCAAAGUGGGAUCAAAGGGAGACGUUGGUGAUCCUGGUGUAGAGGGAUUGGCUGGGGAGAAAGGAGAGAAGGGACAAUCUGGGGAGCCCGGACCUAAGGGACAGCAAGGUGUGACCGGUGAUCAAGGGCACAACGGCCCUACCGGAGAUCCCGGUAAACCAGGAGACCAGGGUCCUGCAGGCUUACCUGGUCCACGUGGCCUGCAUGGAGAAAGAGGAGUUCCAGGGAUGCCAGGAAUACAAGGACGAUCUGGUCGUGAUGCUACAGAUCAGCACAUCGUUGACGUGGUCCUGAAGAUGCUUCAAGAGAAGUUAGCUGCAUUAGCGGUGAGCUCUAAGAGAGCUGUGCUGGGUGGAGCAGGUGUGAUGGGCCCUCCAGGUCCUCCAGGACCACCUGGACCUCCAGGACCUCAGGGUCCUCAUGGAUUGCCAGGCGGCCGUGGCAUUCCUGGCAUAAUCGGGGGCCCAGGCCAGAUAGGAAACACUGGUCUUAAAGGGAAGAGGGGUGCAAAGGGAGAGAGAGGAGAUCCUGGACGACCACAUCCUGGUCAACCGGGACCACCUGGACUGCCAGGUCCUCCAGGUCUUGACGGUGUGGCUCGUGACGGUAGGCCAGGUGAGCGAGGACCUCAGGGUGCAGCGGGUGAGCCAGGCCGUCCUGGAAAAGUUGGUCUUCCCGGUCUUCCUGGAUAUUGUGAAGCAGCUGCAUGUUUGGCAGCAUCUGCCUACACUUCACCCAGAUUACAAGAGGCGGGAACAGUAAAGGGCCCAUCCACUUAAAGCAAGCCCUCUACUGUGGCAUAAGAACAUCUGGGAGAGAAAGAAAGUGUCAGAAAGAAAGAAAGGGGGACAAGCAUGGAAAGAGGAGCACACAGGCCUUCUCUUCAAUGGGCACACUAUGAGGAGGGAGGGAGCAGCUGCUGUUUGAUAUUGUGAACUUUUUGUAUGUAUUAGGAUUGUUUAUAUAUGAUUUAACAUCUACAGGAAGGAAGUGUUAAGUUGGCAAGGUCAGCCGCUGCUGCUCUGUCCAACCUCACAGUACAAAGAGAUGUGAGAACAUUGCCAGUGACAUCAUUGAGGACAUUAUCACCAUGUGCCCUGGACUAGAAGAACUGUGAGAAUGACAUUUGAAACAAAGGUGCUGUUUUUGUUUUUAAAAUAUUAUUUGUUUCAUGCAUCUGAUCCAAACUCCUUAAAGAUAAAGGAUGAUGGGGAGAAUUUUACAUGCCAGGAAAUUCCCCUAUAAUUAAACCAAUAAAAAGUAUUCAAAGCUACUUUAGUAAUAGAUUCAUUUACCUUGUUUCAGUGAACCUCUUCCCCGGCUUGAGCUGAUACUUCAUGUGUACAUUAUGUCCCCGUUUGUAUUGUGCCUGUCUCCGCCGUGAAGCAAUGCCUUUGAUCUGCUCUUGUGAGAUAGUGAUGUGCUCCCAUUAACUUUAUCCUCGAUUCCAUGCUGUAAAUCUUUGUAAAUGUGUAUUAAUUUUGUAUGGACAGGGUAGGUUUAGAAUAUAAAACAGAUCCAGAGUUAAUGAAUUUAAUCAGCAUUCAGGAUCAAACUCCAAACAAUGCUCAGACUUUCUGGUCAAUUAAAAACCUGUAUGCCACUUUGAACAUUCUGUGUGUUAUGUGCUUAGAGAAGAACUGAUUAUCUUCAUUAACAGACUAUUUAUUGUUCUCUUUUGGUUCGUCUGUAAACACUCAAGUUUUCUUGCCUGGUUGUUCAGAUUUACCCAAAUCAAUAAAGAGGAACGUUUUGUAAAACUCAA